AUGGACAGGCUAGAUGGCUCUGCACGCCUUAUGAUCGUUUCGGAUCUUGACCAGACGAUGGUUGAUCACUGUGAUCCGGAGAACUCGGCCUUGCUCCGUUUCGAGGCGCUCUGGGAGUCUGAGUACUCCCAGGAUUCUCUGCUGGUGUUCUCGACUGGAAGAACGCCGGUUAGUUACAAGGCUCUGAGGGAAAGAAAGCCUUUGCUCACACCGGACAUCACCAUCAUGUCUGUGGGCACCGUGAUAGCAUAUGGCCAGGAGAUGACUCCUGAUGUUGGCUGGGAGGAAUUUCUGAAUAACAAGUGGGAUAGGGAUAUUGUUGUUCAGGAGACAGCUACGUUCCCUCAGCUAAAGCCACAGCCAGAGAGGAAUCAGGGUCCUCAUAAGGUCAGUUUUUCCGUUGACAGGCAGGGUGCUCAGGAAGUGAUUAAUUCACUCCCUCAGAAACUGGAACAGCUUGGGCUAGAUGUGAAGAUAAUUUAUAGUAGCGGAGAAGCCCUAGAUGUAUUGCCACGAGGCGCAGGGAAAGGGCAAGCUCUUAUAUAUUUACUCGAGAAGUUCAGUUCGUGCGCAAAAUCACCGAACAAUGUUCUUGUGUGUGGUGACUCUGGCAAUGAUGCAGAUUUAUUCAGUGUUCCAUCUGCCUAUGGUGUCAUGGUUAGCAAUGCCCAAGAGGAGCUUCUUCAGUGGUAUGAAGAGAAUGGAAAAGAUAAGCCUAAGUUGCUUCAUGCAACUGAGAGAUGCGCUUCCGGUAUCAUGCAAACUAUCGGUCACUUCAAACUAGGACCUAGUUUUUCUGUAAGAGAUCUUGAAUUCCCAUAUCCAAAGGUAGACACCAUCAAGCCUGCAGAUGUAGUGGUGAAGUUCUAUGUUCUUUACGAGAAGUGGCGGAGGGGUGAGGUUCAGAAGUCUCCAUCAGUUAUACAAUACUUGAAAAGCAUUACUCACCAGAAUGGCACACUGAUUCAUCCUUGUGGAAUGGAGAGGUCACUUCAUGCAUCCGUUGACGCACUGAGUUCAUGCUAUGGUGACAAACAAGGCAAAAAGUUCCGAGCAUGGGUGGACCGACUUGUUACAUCACCAAUUGGUACAAGUAACUGGUUGGUGAGGUUUGACAACUGGGAGAUGGAAGGUGGUGUGCAAUAUUGCUGCCGGACCACUCUUCUGCUGAAUACAAAGCCUGAGACUCCAGAGGGCUUGGAACUGACACACAUCCACAAGACCUGGGUUGAAGGAUACUCGGCUGGGAAUGAUCAUACCUUCAUCUUAUAG